UCUUCUCAGGGGAUCACCAUCACAUUAAGGAAUUAAACUGGCUAGUUUUUACAUUACCUUAAUAUAUCUGAAAAUGGAACGAAAAUCCUCAAUAGACAGAAUAACGCAAGCAUUAUCCAUGCUUAAAGCUGAUCUGAUGGAGAUGAGGAGUCAAGAUGUAAAACUAAUGAGACAGUUGAUCUCUAUAAACACCGCCAUCAGCAACAUAACGAACAACAGAGACAGGAACCCGGUCAUGAGGAGCGCGAGCUUUGGUUCCAUGAAGCGUCCAAACCUGGAUAGAAUCAAUAAGAGAAGCGCUGAUAUCGUCUGUAACCUAAAGAACCCCCUCGUCAGACACAGGAGUGCUCCUCUAGUGGGGGAACUAAGAAGAAGUGAAGCUUUUGACCAUAGUUUUGAUGAUUCUCUGGAAGAAUUGAGUGGAUCGCCCUUUGAGUCUGAGAGUGAUCUGGAAUCUUUGUCUGGGUCCUCUACGUCUUUGUCCCCGGAAGUGUACAGAAAUUGUCACCUGUCCUACAUGAGACCUCUCCCGGAAGAGGACGAUGUAGACGAGAAAAAAUAUCACGGAAUUCUAAUGAAGAACAUCAAACUAUGGAAGUACUCACAAGAGUCUGUUGAUAGCUCCUUCUCAAACGGUUCAUGAUAGUGUAGAAUUUAUAAAUAAACUCUGGGAUGAUCCGUGGGUUUUUAUCUACAAUUUAUAAACACUGCCUUCCCUAGUGGCGCAUGAUAUUCUGCGAUUAUUUCAUAUUUUCUUUUCAGUUUCAUUUCAAGAGCACACCAAACAUCAUUAACAUUGCAUGAGGAGUCUAUUGAAAUCAUUAAAACAAAAAGGUUCCUUUUCGAAGAUAGAAGGGACACUUAAGGGACAGUGUUUAUGGAGCUACACAAGACUCAUUUACAUCCAAUUUCAUUUGUAUUCCAGAAGUGACGAGUUUGUCUCUGUAAUUGUUUAUGACGCACAUAUUUCCAUUUGAUUUUUAAAUUCCGACGUAUGUAAUUAAUAACAACUAUAUUUGCAUUUUAGAUUAUGGUGCUUAUAUUUAUUCAUUUUUUUUAAUACUUUACAUUUGUUGAUAUUUACCAUACUUGUUAUUAGUUUAAAA